CUUCUUCUCUUCCUUCUUCUCUCCAUUCCAUCUAACACACGUUAUUGCCUCCCUUCAUAUUUUCCUUCCUCCUCCUCUGCCUGUGCCUCUGCCUGACUGCUGCCGCCAGCGCUCAACGACCGAAUCCGCCCCCUUUUCUCUACACGCCCAUCAACCGACUCGUCCGUUAUACCCACACCAUGGAGGAGAUUGCAAAGGAGUACGAUGUCAUCGUCUUGGGCACCGGCCUGACCGAGUGUAUCCUUUCUGGUGUCCUGAGUGUCAAGGGCAGAAAGGUCCUCCACAUUGACCGCAAUGACCACUACGGAGGAGAGGCUGCCUCCGUGAACAUCGAGACGCUCUUCAAGAAGUACGGCAACUUCAAGGAUGGCGAGAAGCCGUGGGAGAAGUACGGCCGCCUCAACGACUGGAACAUCGACCUUGUCCCCAAGUUCCUCAUGUCCUCGGGCGAGCUGACCAACAUCCUCGUCUCCACCGACGUCACCCGAUACCUCGAAUUCAAGCAGGUUGCCGGCAGCUACGUCCAGCAGGGCUCCGGCCCCAAGGCCACCGUUGCCAAGGUCCCCUCAGAUGCCGCCGAGGCCCUCAAGUCGCCCCUCAUGGGCAUCUUCGAGAAGCGCCGCAUGAAGUCCUUCAUCGAGUGGAUCGGCACCUUUGAUCCCAAGGACCCUGCUACUCACAAGGGCCUCGACAUGAACACCUGCUCCAUGAAGGACGUCUACGAGAAGUUCGGCCUCGAGGAUGCCACCAAGGACUUCAUCGGCCACUCCAUGGCCCUGUACCUUACUGAUGACUACAUCACCGCCGCUGGCAAGGCCCCCGAGGCCAUUGAGCGUAUCCGCCUCUACGGCAACUCUGUCGCUCGAUACGGAAAGUCCCCGUACAUCUACCCCCUGUACGGUCUUGGCGAGCUCCCCCAGGGCUUUGCCCGUCUGUCUGCCAUCUACGGCGGCACCUACAUGCUCAACACCAACAUUGACGAGAUCCUGUACGAGGAUGGAAAGGCCGUUGGCAUCAAGGCCACCAUGACCGGCGUCGAGGAGAUGAAGUUUGAGACAAAGGCCAAGAUGAUUCUCGGCGACCCCUCAUACUUCCCUGACAAGACCAAGGUUGUCGGCCACGUCCUGAGGGCCAUUUGCAUUCUCAAGCACCCUCUCGCCGGUACCAACGACAGCGACUCUGCCCAGAUUAUCAUUCCCCAGUCCCAGGUCGGCCGAAAGAACGACAUCUAUGUCGCCUGCGUUUCAUCUGCCCACAACGUCUGCCCCAAGGGCUACUGGAUCGCCAUCGUCUCCACCAUUGCCGAGACCAGCGCGAACCACCACCUCGAGCUCCAGCCCGGUCUCGAGCGCCUCGGAGCCAUUGAGGAGCAGUUCAUGGGUCCCCCCAUCCCCAUCUACGAGCCCCUCGAGGACGGCACCAAGGACAACAUCUUCAUCUCCAAGAGCUACGAUGCUACCAGCCACUUUGAGACAACGACGGACGACGUCAAGGACAUUUACCGCCGCGCCACCGGCGAGGAGCUCAAGGUUGAGGGUCUGAGGGAGGGCAUCAACGUCACGGAAGAGUAAGGAGU